AAGGCAUAUUCUCUUUCUAGCUUUGAAAAAGAACAGCAAACGAAAAUGUCUGGACGCGGCAAAGGAGGAAAAGCCAGAGCAAAGGCGAAGACUCGCUCUUCUCGGGCCGGGCUCCAGUUCCCAGUCGGUCGUGUCCACAGGCUCCUCAGGAAGGGCAACUAUGCUCAGCGUGUCGGUGCCGGCGCCCCCGUGUACCUGGCGGCCGUGCUGGAGUACCUGACCGCUGAGAUCCUGGAGCUGGCUGGAAACGCUGCCCGGGACAACAAGAAGACCAGGAUCAUCCCCCGACACCUGCAGCUGGCGGUCCGCAACGACGAGGAGCUCAACAAGCUGCUCGGCGGUGUAACCAUCGCUCAGGGUGGCGUGCUGCCCAACAUCCAGGCAGUUCUGCUGCCCAAGAAGACCGAGAAGGCCGCCAAGGCGAAGUAAAGUCCUUCACCUGACUUCAACAAAAACAACGGUUCUUUUAAGAACCACCCA